AAAUACGCACUUAGAAGGUCCUUUGCUAGCAGAAGCCUGACAAAGCAGGUAUCACGGCUUCCUGUCCCCUCUCAGUGCAAAAUCGAUUCUAGGAAGAAGCACUUUCACGCCAAGCCAGGAAGCCAACCAACCAACCAGCCAGCCAACCAACCAACCAGCCAGCCAACCAACCAAAGAAAGGUAAUCGUGGCAGUCAUGGCGAAGAGUUCAGUUAAGGACAAAUCUUCAAAAUUGUACAUUCAUGCCCUGACAAAUGCAGAAGCUGCCAUCCUCAAAGGACAAGGGAAGAAAAACUCUCCGCUUAAGGAGAUUAAAAAGAAAACGGGUGCCAGUGUAAAGCUGGACUGCGGCCCCAUGAAAGACACACAGAUCGCCAUCAUCAGAGGUUUGCCACAACAGAUGGAGAAGGCACUUGAGUUCAUUGGUCAAAUGAUCGGUGCCCAGGGAACCAUCACACAGCAGGCUCAAAGAUUCUGGCUGAGGUGGGUUGAAGACGCAUUUCCGGACUUGGAGUCUCGUUCCUACUUUGUGCCACCCGUCUUCCUCAACCGCGUGCCCAUGACAGUCGAAAUGUUUGCUGGUCACGUGGUGCGUGUCUUCGCAGCGCCACACGGUCAGGCGGAACCAUCCGGGGUUCCUCACCCUCCUCCCGCUGCACCCAGGAGAGCCACCCCCAAAGUCCUCGACAGUGACGUCAGAGAUGACGCAGCCAUGCAGCGCGUGCUGACCUGCUUAGCCAGGAUGUCCCGGAGCAGCGGGGAAGUGUUGAUGGGCGUGAGUCAGCUUCAGUUCGAGCACUACCUGGGGGAAGAAAUGUAUGCUUUAGCAUCCGAGCAGCUGCCUCGCCCCUGCAGGUGGCAGCGCGGCGACUUUGAUGUCCUCCUCAUCCACCGCCAUCACGGCUUCGUGGUGUUUGAGGUCAAGGCCAUUGGCUACAAUGUGCGGCAGCUGGACAUGUCUGAGGAGCAGCUGUACACGCAGGUCCGAAAGAAGUUGAAGCAGGCCGCCUACCAGCUGAACAAAGCGAAAGCCUUCCUGUCCCACGUGGUCUCUGACGUAGUUUCCGGUCUGCGUGUCAGCGUAGCGAUGGCUUUCCCUUACAUCAGAGCUGCUCAGGUAGAGAAUGCUAUCGCAGCGGAUCAGGAAGGUUUGGCUCAGAAGCUUAGUGAAUGUCUCGGCACAUCACCAGAUCCUUCCGACAUCGCCAGCAUGUGUCUGUGCUCGGAGCACCUGUCGGAUCCCACAUACGACCUAAGUGAUGAGGGUCUAACAAAGCUCCGCGAUUGGUGGAAGCGAGGCGUGGAGAAGACCGGCCCUGACCCAAAGAUGACCUCUCACCUCUACAAAAUAUUGUUGGCCAGAUUUUGUGGGCCUGCCACAACCGUGACUGUGCCUUGCGUCUCUUCUCCCCGCAAGUCCCUCAAGACCCUGGGUCCUGCCGUGUCCAUCAUCGGGGACUGCUUUCACGAGAUUGCCUUAUUCCCCGAGCAGGUCGACCUGUUGAAAACAGCGCCAUCUAGGUUGAUUUUGGCGGGCCCUCCCGGCACCGGAAAGAGUGUGAUGCUUCUUCUGAUAGCUGCCAGAUGGCUGCUGGGUGGUAAAGAUGUCUGCAUCCUGAGCUCCUGGAGCUACAGUCGCGCCGCCAGCAUCAUGCUGCGCAACCUGCUGCAGAAGACGUUGACAGCGAAGCAAGAGUCCGCGACGCAGGUGGGUCAGCUUCACCUGGUGGAGAUCGAACUGAUUAAUGGAAGGGACGCAGGCAAGGCUCUGAGGGACAUAGUCAGGAGAGCCAGAGGUGGAGAGAUCUACAUCAUCGCCGACGAGGGGGGACCUGACGAGCUCCCGUGGGGGAACUACUUCAAGACUUUCUGCGAGAAGAUGCUGGCCCGGUGUCCCGGACUCCACCUGUGGGCCGCGAGCUGCUUACAAGGCACCGUACCCACUGGUUGGCAGGUGGAGCACCUGACCAGACCCCUCCGCUGUCCCCCGGCAGUAGUCCAAGAAAUCGAGCAGGCCAACCAGAUGACCAGCCAGCCACACCGCCCGCCACUGGUCCGGGCUUACACCAGCCGUGGGUACCCGAUCACACGGAGGGUCCAGCUGUGAAGAGGGUCUAUCACCAAGGCCUG